GUGAUACUGGCCAGGGAGCAAGAGCAUGGAUAAAACAAAUCUUGAAUCAAGACAUGGCUUUCCAACAUAUAAAAGUAAUUUACCCAACAGCUCCUGCCAGGCCAUAUACACCUAUGAAAGGAGCCUUCUCUAAUGUCUGGUUUGACAGGUACAAGAUUUCCAGUGACUGUCCAGAACACAUUGAAAGUAUUGAUUCUAUGUGCCGGGGACUUACAGACUUGAUCAACGAUGAGAUUAAAAAUGGCAUUGCGAAGAAUAGGAUACUGAUAGGAGGCUUUUCCAUGGGAGGUGGAAUGGCAAUGCAUUUAGCAUAUAGGUUUCAUCAAGAUCUGGCAGGAGUCUUCGCUUUGUCUAGUUUUCUCAAUAAAGACUCUGCAGUUUACCAGGCUUUGGAAAGAAAUGCAGGUGUUCUUCCAGAGUUAUUUCAGUGUCAUGGAACUGCUGAUGACCUUGUUCUCUACUCAUGGGGGGAAGAGACCAACAAGAUGUUAAAGUCACUGGGAGUAUCAACGUCACUUCAUACUUUUCCAAACCUUAAUCAUGAGUUAAGCAGAACUGAAAUCGAAAAGCUAAAAACCUGGAUUGUAAAGAAAUUACCUGUUGAAGCCGCAAACACAAAUGAAUAAAUAAGAUGCAGCUUUCAUAUAC